AUGAGUGUGAAAAUUGAAGACCAAUUAAAGGAAAAAAUAUUAAAUGUCGCUAAGAAAAACCCAAAAGGGAUUUCGCAUAAAGAUAUAACAGCGGCAAUCCCUGAAGUAUCUUCUGCUGAACUAGUACCGGCCAUCAAUGAACUAUUACAGCAAGAAUAUUUUGAUUUGUUUAAUCAAAACGGUGUGCUUGUCUAUAAGUUAAAGGCUCAAACAAGUAAGCAAGCAGUUAAAGGGGCCGACAAUGAAGAAAAGGUUGUGUAUAACUUAAUUGAAGAAGCUGGUAACAAAGGCAUAUGGAUACGGGACAUUCGAGUUAGAUCUAACCUAGCCAACACGCAACUGACGAAAGUUUUGAAGAAUCUUGAAAGUAAAAAGGUCAUCAAAGCUGUAAAAUGUGUUAAUGCCUCUAAGAAAAAAGUUUACAUGCUUUACAAUUUGGAACCUGAUAGAUCCAUAUCUGGAGGAGCAUGGUAUCAGGAUCAAGACUUUGAAUCUGAGUUUGUAGACAUCCUCAAUGUACAAUGUCACAGAUUUCUAAGCCAGAGAGCUGACAAAAUAAAGAAUAAUCCACGAGGACCAAUUGUAGGCCGCACACAGUCUUACGCCACAGCAAAUGAAGUACAAAAAUAUAUAACAGAUUUAGGAAUAAGCAAAGUUGAACUUGAUGUAGAAGAUGUAAUUACAAUUCUGAAUACAUUGGUCUAUGAUGGUAAGGCAGAGAGCAGUGUUUAUCCUGACGGGAGCAAAGUAUAUCGAGCCAUAGACCCUCUUAUACCUGCACCAGGGUUAGUCCAAGUGCCAUGUGGAGUGUGCCCGCUAAUUCAUUCAUGUGAUUCCACCGGAUUGGUCACACCACAAACUUGUGUUUAUAUGAAAGAGUGGCUAGAGUAA